AUGGUAUCAAAAAACCCGAACCCGACAGACGGAUUCUACUUGGAUCCAACCGGAAUGGCAGCAUUACCGGGACUUUCACCUUUCGCGACUACAACGGCCCCACCAACAGCCACAACUACGACGUCUUCUUCAUCGGAGGAUCUGAGCAAGAAGAUACGAAAACCGUACACGAUUACCAAAUCCAGAGAGAGCUGGACUGAACCGGAGCAUGACAAGUUUCUUGAAGCUCUUCAGCUGUUUGAUAGAGAUUGGAAAAAGAUUGAAGCUUUUGUUGGCUCAAAGACUGUUAUUCAGAUACGGAGUCAUGCACAGAAGUACUUUUUAAAGGUCCAGAAGAGCGGAGCAAGCGAACAUUUGCCUCCACCGCGGCCUAAAAGGAAGGCUGCUCAUCCAUAUCCUCAGAAGGCUUCAAAAAACGCCACAGUGGUUUCACAAACAUCAGGGUCUUUUCAAUCAUCGUCUGCUCCUCUUGAACCUGGAUAUGUUUUAAGGCCUGAUUCCUCUUCAAUGCCUAUGAACCCCAUUGCUAGUGCUACUGCUGCUGCAUCUUCUUGGACAAACAAUGUGCCUACUGUUAGUUUAUCAAACCAAACAAAAGGACCAGUAGUGGCUAAUAAUUGUUGCAGUAGCACUGAGAGUCCUCCAAGAACAAAACCAAUUGUGAAAACAGCUGAGCAAGGAAAUCAUGGUCAUUCAAUGAAAGUUCUGCCGGACUUUUCUCAGGUAUAUGGCUUCAUUGGCAGUGUCUUCGACCCGAAUGCUACUGGUCAUUUGCAGAAUCUUAAGAAAAUGGACCCCAUAGAUACUGAAACGGUGCUAUUGCUGAUGAGAAACCUCUCAAUCAACCUUACCAGCCCCAGUUUUGAGGAAAAUAGAAAGUUGCUCUCUUCCUACGAGAUCGACUCAGAAACCAUUUGUGCAAACAAUAACGUUGACCAAUCAAUGAAUGUUGCUUAA